CUGAGGUCGCCCAGGGGAGAGGCACGGAUUUCCACAGCGCUGGGGGACACGGGGAAUGUUAAUUAUUCUUCAUUCUGGCGAGUUUCGACUAUGGAAAGGACUUGUUUUUAUUAAUAGAGUCGUCGGUCUAUUUUUUUGCGGACGGUCUGUCCUGCCUAUCAACUGUUUUUUGGAAGUUGUGUCAAGUUAGUCAGCUAGCUACGUUUUCAGCUAACAAGCUCGGCUGCUAUGGCUACAGAGUAGAAUCGUUAGCUAACUUAGAAGUUACUUUGUGGUUGGCUACAGGAUCAAAUUAAUGUGUUUACAUACGUUUAAUGUUUUGUAGAUUAAUUUAUUGUGCUAUUUAGUGUUGCCUAAAUCAAGGUUUAAUAAGACAUUCUCCUUGUCUAGUGUCUAGGUAUUCAAGAGUUAACGUUACCUAGCGCAAUUCUAUCGCUAGCCGCUUAGCUACCUAGCGUAUCUUAUUCUGCUGCAGGGUUAGCUCACGUUCACUCCUAAUAACUACAAAUAUGCAGCCAAAAACAAACUGAUAACCAGGUUUAUUUAUCUAUAUUUUACAGAAUAUAUAUAUAUAUAUUUUUUAAUAUGAGCAGCUUUUUAUUUUGCGAACAAUAAGAAGCCAGGACUGUGAACAGAGGAGCGACAUCACGUCUCGUUACGCUGAUGUUUUAUUUCUGACGCGACUCAUUUGUGACUUCAACAACUUUCGGAAAAUGUAGCGUACAAUAUUCGUAAAACGAAAAAACAUUUACACAUUGUUUAAAUCCUAGCUAGCCUUCUAGCUAAGGCAGUGGUGAGCACAUCAUGGUUCUCUGUUGUGUAUGAAUGGGAGCAUGAAGUGUUGUCUUCUGCAGCUUAGCUAACUAGCUGUGUUGUGUGUUUGUAGCCUCACCACCGACGUGGCUCUCUGACUCGUGUUUUUAAUGUCAGAGUUUAUAUUUUCGAACCAAUUUUGUCAGAUAUUGUAAAGGCAGGGUCUUUUAAAUUUUUGUUCCACCAUGUCGGGGGAAGUUCGUUUGAAAAAGCUGGAAAAAUUGUUCCUGGAUGGUCCUGCUCAGUCUAAUGGCCAGUGUUUCAGCGUCGAGGCUCUUCUGGACGUCCUCAUCUGCCUGUAUGAUGAGUGCAAUAAUUCCCCCCUCAGGAGAGAGAAGAACAUAGCCCAGUUCCUGGAGUGGGCUAAACCAUUCACAUCUAAAGUGAAACAGAUGAGACUACACAAGGAGGACUUUGAAAUCCUGAAAGUGAUUGGCCGAGGAGCGUUUGGGGAGGUAGCAGUCGUGAAGGUGAAGAACGCUGACAAGGUUUUUGCCAUGAAAAUUCUCAACAAGUGGGAAAUGCUGAAAAGAGCUGAGACCGCAUGCUUUCGAGAGGAGCGGGACGUUCUGGUGAAUGGGGACAGCCAGUGGAUCACAACACUAUAUUACGCCUUUCAGGAUGACAACUUUCUGUAUCUGGUGAUGGAUUACUAUGUGGGCGGAGAUCUCUUGACACUGCUGAGUAAGUUUGAGGAUCGCUUACCUGAGGACAUGGCCCGGUUCUACCUGGCUGAGAUGGUGCUAGCUAUUGACUCUGUGCAUCAGCUUCAUUAUGUUCACAGGGACAUCAAGCCAGACAACAUUUUGUUGGACAUGAAUGGACACAUUCGGCUGGCGGAUUUUGGCUCUUGCCUUAAACUUAUGGAUGAUGGAACGGUCCAGUCCUCGGUUGCAGUAGGCACUCCAGAUUACAUCUCUCCUGAGAUCCUGCAGGCCAUGGAGGAUGGCAAGGGCAAAUAUGGCCCUGAGUGUGACUGGUGGUCGCUGGGUGUCUGUAUGUAUGAAAUGCUGUAUGGGGAAACCCCCUUCUAUGCUGAAUCUCUGGUGGAGACUUACGGCAAGAUAAUGAACCACAAAGAGCGGUUCCAGUUUCCUGCCAACAUUAUAGAGGUGUCUGAGAACGCCAAAGACCUGAUCCGCAGGCUCAUCUGCAGUAGGGAGCACCGGCUAGGUCAGAACGGCAUUCAGGACUUCAAGCAGCAUCCUUUCUUUUCUGGCAUCGACUGGGACAACAUCCGAAAUUGUGACGCUCCGUACAUUCCUGAAGUCAGCAGCCCUUCAGACACUUCCAACUUUGAUGUGGAAGACGACUGCCUCAAAAACACAGAAACGAUGCCUCCUCCCUCUAUAACAGCUUUCUCUGGACAUCAUCUCCCAUUUGUAGGCUUUACGUACACUAGUCAAUGCUCUCUAUCUGACCGUGGUUGUCUGCGUGAGACUGCAGCACCUGUGCAGAUGGACAUGUGCGUACAGCGCAGCUUGGAGGAGAGCCUAGCUACUGAGGCAUAUGAGAGGAGGCUCCGCCGUCUUGAGCAGGAAAAACUGGAGCUCAGCCGCAAACUGCAGGAGUCCACAAAGACUGUGCAAGCUCUGCAGUACACUGGAGAUUCUCCCGUUUCUGCGAAUAGGGAGUUUGAGAUCAAAAGCCUGAAAGAGGAGAUUGAGGCUCUAAAGAAACAGAUAGCAGACUCUGGCCAGGUGGAGCAGAAGUCGGAACAAGCCAGUGCAUCCCACAAAGAUCUGGAGGAUUCUACUAAGCACAUCUCCUCAUUAGAGAAACAGAUGAAAAUCAUAAAGCAGGAGAGGGAGGACAUGCAAAAGGAGCUGAAUGAGGCCACAGAAAAGCUAAAGGCACAGGGGAAGGAGCUAAAGGAGGCAGACAGCCAGAGGAAGCUAGCUAUGCACGAGUUUUCUGAGAUGAGUGAGCGAUUGACAGAGCUGCGCUCUCAAAAACAACGCCUUUCUCGACAGCUACGAGACAAAGAGGAAGAGAUGGAUGCACUUAACCAGAAGCUGGAGGCCCUGAGGCUUGAUUUGCGCAAAGUCGAAAGGGCAAGAAAAGAGAUGGAAGCCCAGGCAGAGGAACGUGCUUCAGAAGCCGCCAAAGAGAAGAAGCUGAGGGAUCGCAGUGAACAGUAUAGCAGACAACUUGAGGAGGAACUUACGGCAGUAAAGCAAAAGCAGGCUGGUCGUUCCCCGGCUGCCAGCACUCCUGAGCAACAUCAGGAGCUCGCUAAGCUGCGUGCUGAUCAAGAAAAGAAGACAAUGUUUUAUGAGGAGGAGCUGUCUCGCCGCGAUGUCCAGCAUGCCAAUGAGCUAAAAAGCCUGAAAAAGGAGCUCCGUGAUGCAGAUGCACAACAUCUCUCUUUAAACACAGAAAUAAUGAUGAUAAAAGACAAGCUGGAGAAGACGCGUAGAGAAAGUCAGAAAGAACGAGAGGAGUUUGAGACGGACUACAAACAGAAAUACGAGAGGGAAAGGGUGCUGCUAAUGGAAGAGAACAAGAAGCUCUCCAGUGAACUGGAUAACUUGAUGAUUUCACAUAAGAAGUUGAACAGCAGUCACAAGCAGCUGGAGGAUGAAAUGCGAGAGCUAGCUGAUAAGAAAGAGAGUGUGGCCCACUGGGAAGCCCAAAUCACAGAGAUCAUACAGUGGGUGAGUGAUGAAAAAGAUGCACGAGGUUACCUCCAGGCUCUGGCCUCAAAGAUGAAUGAGGAGCUGGAGGGGCUAAGAAACACCAGUCUUGGGGCUCGCUCUACGGACAUGCCAUGGAAGAUGCGACGAUUGGCUAAGCUGGACAUGUCUGCUCGUCUGGAGCUGCAGUCUGCACUGGACUCUGAGAUAAAAGCAAAACAAACCAUCCAAGAUGAACUCAACAAAGUGAAGGCUGCCAACAUGGCCACUGAGUGCAAACUCCAGGACUCUGAAAAGAGAAAUCAGGACUUACAGACGGAAAUUGAAAGACUAAAACGAGAAACGGAAGAACUACGUUUGUCUAAGGGUGUAAAGAAUCAAGAUUCACACAACUCGUUCCUUGCAUUCCUCAAUGCCCCAGCCUCUGCAGUGGAACACUUUGAUCGAUCUCCUGCCUGUGGUCAAGCCAGCAAAGGCAGACAUAUUGACUCCAUUGACAACUUUAGUGUGUCAAACCCGCCAUCCCGAGAUGAAGAUCGCAAGUCCCAAGUUGUAUCCCACUCUCGUUCUCCCUCCUCCACCAGCGACAUGGAGCCUUUAGAGCCGUUAGAUUAUCCCCAUAAAGGUACACAGACGCCUACCAUGCGAUCGGGAGGAUACAGCAGCACUGGGUUUCCCAUACCCAAGCCAAAAGCUCAUCAGUUUGUGGUGAAGUCCUUCACUGCUCCCACUAAGUGUAACCAGUGCACUUCUUUGAUGGUUGGACUUAUCCGACAAGGAUGCAUAUGUGAAGUCUGCAACUUCUCGUGUCAUGUGACAUGUGCGGACAGAGCCCCUGCCGUGUGUCCCAUUCCGCCAGACCAAACAAAAGGUCCACUUGGGAUUGACACACAGAAAGGCAUUGGCACAGCUUAUGAGGGCCAUGUUAGGGUGCCUAAGCCAGCAGGGGUGAAGAAAGGCUGGCAGAAAGCCCUUGCUGUUGUGUGUGACUUUAAGUUGUUCCUCUAUGAGCUUGCGGAGGGCAAAGUUGCACAGCCCAGUGUCGUGGUUAGCCAGGUCAUUGACAUGCGGGAUGAGGAUUUUGCAGUCAGUUCAGUACUAGCAUCUGAUGUCAUCCAUGCCAAUAGGAAGGACAUUCCCUGUAUUUUCAGGGUCACAGCGUCUCAGCUCUCUACAUCUGGCAGUAAAAAAUGCUCCAUCCUAAUCCUGGCUGACAACGAUCAGGAAAAGAAUAAGUGGGUGGGACUGCUAAAUGAGCUGCACCGUCUCCUAAGGAAGAACAAGUUAAAGGAGCGCUCUGUUUAUGUCCCUAAAGAAGCUUAUGACUGCACCCUGCCUCUAAUCAAAACCACCCAGUCUGCUGCUAUUCUAGAUCAUGAGAGGAUAGCUCUGGGCAAUGAGGAGGGACUGUACGUUAUCCACGUCACCAAAGAUGAGAUUGUCAAGGUAGGGGACAAUAAAAAGGUCCACCUGAUUGACUUGAUUCCCUCUGAGCAGCUGCUAGCGGUCAUCUCCGGCCGUAACCGUCACGUUCGGCUUUUCUCCAUGGCAUCUCUGGACGAUCGGGACACAGAGUUCUACAAACUUCCUGAGACUAAAGGCUGCCAGACAUUGGUGUCUGGCAUGGUGAAGCAUGGGGUUCGCCCUUGCCUGUGUGUUGCCAUGAAGAGACAGGUAAUUUGCUACGAGCUCUGCAAGGGUAAAACACGGUACAGGAAACUGCGGGAGCUGCAGGUUCCCGGGGCGGUGCAGUGGAUGGCUCUACAGGGGGAUAAGUUGUGUGUGGGUUAUCAGGCUGGAUUCCUACGCUACAGCUUGCAAGGAGAUGGACCUCCCAUUAGCCUGCUCCAUCCAGAGGAUCACACCCUGGCUUUCAUUGGGCAGCUAGGCUUGGAUGCACUCUGCGCUGUGGAAAUUUCCAGCAAAGAGUUACUCUUGUGCUUUAGCAGCAUCGGUGUUUACGUUGACUGCCAGGGGAGGCGCUCACGCCAGCAGGAGCUGAUGUGGCCAGCUGUGCCAACUGCCUGUUGUUAUAAUGCACCUUACUUAUCAGUGUACAGCGAGAAUGCAGUGGAUGUGUUUGAUGUAAACAGUAUGGAGUGGAUUCAGACGAUUCCUCUGAAAAAAGUUCAUCCUCUGAACACAGACGGCUCAUUGAACCUGCUAGGGCUGGAGACAGUACGCCUAAUCUACUUUAAAAAUAAAACAGCAGAGGGGGACGAGCUGGUGGUUCCAGAGACGUCUGAUAACAGCCGGAAGCAGAUGGUCCGCAGCAUGACGAGCAAACGCCGCUUUUCCUUCAGAGUUCCAGAAGAGGAGAGACUGCAACAACGGAGAGAGAUGCUUAGAGAUCCAGAGAUGAGGAAUAAGUUGAUUUCAAAUCCCACCAACUUCAACCAUGUUGUUCAUAUGGGUCCUGGAGAUGGGAUCCAAAUACUUAAGGAUCUUCCAAUGAAUCUUCGUCCUCAAGAGAGCCGGGGAGUCCUGGGCGGCUCCGUCAGCAUCCCCUCUAUAACAAAAGCCAGACCUGAACCAGGCCGCUCCAUGAGUGCCAGCAGUGGCCUCGGCACAACUUCGACCUCACAGAAUGGCAGUGCUCUUAGGAGGGAGUUCUCUAGUGGGAGUUACGGCUCCAACAAGCGGCAGACGAUGACCUCACCCUCUGAGGGCUCACUCUCAUCAGGGGGAGGCAUGGACUGUGCAGGUGAUGCCCCCCUUUCCCAGUUUGACAGAGAGUGGAAGACAGUUUCUCCCACAGGCAAGACCCCUGAUGUGAAAUGGACUUUAAGGACCCUGUUUAGUAGGAUUAAGGAUUCAGAUUCACCAAGACAUUCAACAGCCUCCAACAGCUCCAACCUGAGCAGUCCACCAAGUCCAUCAUCCCCACAUAAGAGCAAGUCCCUGUCUCUGGAACGCAGUGAGCAUCCGGGCUGGGAGUCCUGAGUGCCGUACGUGGCACUGACCCCCCUCAUCCGGCUCUCUGUACCACUCUCUAGAGCAUCAGGAUCCCUUCAAGCUACAGUAUAAAGAAAAUUUUGAUAAAAAAGCAGCAGUGACUCUCAAGGAACCUGAUACACUACACUAGUGGUUAUGUGCAGAUAAGCCCUAUAUUUCUUUGUGCAUGUGUGUGAAUGUGCGUUCACACACACACACACACACACAUAAUUGCAAAAACUGGUCCAAUAUGCACAUUUGACUAUAUAGCAUUUUAAAACCCUGCUUUUGCAGAAAAAUUGCUAACAUUUCCAGUAGAUUUCGAAUUACUGGGGUGAAAAGUUUAAAUGGUUUUCUUCUAACUUAUUACAAAGGUUUUAUCUCCCAAUGAUGCUACUAUUUUAGACAUUAUAUUUUAAGAGUAAUGCAAAAGCUACACUUCCCUCAAUAUUAAAAAAAUAUCUUAUUAAACACUAAAUACAUCACGGUCGCCCUUUGCUUAAAAACAAGGUGAAUUCAGAGCAUGAUUUAAAGUUGUAAUGAUUAUGAUUAGAAGUGCUUAGUACAACAAUUAAUGCUUAGAAACAUAACACUGACACAUGAUCGUUCCCAACCUCCGCACUACAUUUAAACAGACCUCGGCACUCGGUGCCAUGCAGCUCUUUCAUAUUUAAUGCUCAGAAUACAGUAGAACUAGAACGAUUAAAAUAAUGUACAUAGAGUUUAAGUAGAGUAUAAUAUAUUAUGAAAAAUAACACUAUUGUGAAAACUGACUUGGCUUGGAGAGUGCUGGCUUCCUUUGACUUUAGGUCAAGAGUUUUUAAACAUUAAAAUGCAUCCAUGGUAAACUGAAUAAUUUUAGCUUUAUCUUAUCAGAACCUCUACAAGUGUCCAUAGUUCCACCGAAUCUGCCUGGAUUUUAUUAGGGAAACAUGUUAAUUGAGAUGUCCAAAUGUAACGAUAGAAACACCAGGCACAUGCAUGCACACACACACACACACACACACACACAAAUCCUGUAGUUCCAGAGACCGUUAUAGCGUAGAGAAACAAUCCCUCCGUUGCUUAGUGGUGAAUGUAUCAGAAAACGUAUUGCAGACACCUCCUUCUUCUUCCUCUCCUCGCCUGUUUUAGUGUGCUUCACUGUUCCUUUACUGGAGCAAUAAUGCUGUUUCCAAAGAUUUUGUUUUGUUGUGGUUGUUAAUUUUUAUUGUUUGUUUAUUUUUAUGUUUAGUUUGUUUUAAUGUUUCUAUGACUUGCAUAACUCAAAACAUGAAACCAAACUUAGCCUGGGUGUGGAUGUACAUAUACAGUAUAAUCUGUAUGUUAUCAUGGGUUUGAUGACACUAAUGUCACUUGUGUGACGCUCACAAAACACAAUCCAGUUGAGCUUGAGAGUGCUUCUCCCAGUCAAGGGAGCAUUCAAGGGCUUGAACUCAUUCACUGGUGCAUUUAUCUGUUGCCUCUACUUUUGUUACUUCUGUAGCCAGUAAUUACAAAGUGGGGCCUGGGUGGGGGAGGGCGGAGGUGUUUUUUUUUAUUUUUAUUCCUGACGUCGAUGGCAAGGUGUAAAAAUAACUAUUAAUUACCAAUUUUUUUAAAGAGUUCAGGGACAGCGCAUAGUUAGACUAUCAGUCACCCCUGGACAUUUUUACCUCAGAUUUACGAGGCAAGCCAUUAAUUAUAGUUAGCUUUCAGUCAGAACAAGCUUUUUGUACUAUAUCGCUCAUUCCAUGCAUUUUUUUUCCAUUUUAUUAAUUUAUAUGGAUCAUAUUUUGUCAGAAGACAUAACUCAAUGCAAAUAAGUUCAAUUCUUUUGGCUUAUUUUUGACAUGAUUCCUUUUAAGGUAGUUUUAGGGUCCAUUACUUCAUGCUAUGGGAAACAAUCUAGAAGUUACCCAGAUUCCAGAUUUCAAACUUAGUUUACAGGGGCAAGAAAUGAGUUUUCAAUGUAAGAGCACAGCAGUUGUAUAUUUACAUUUACUGUAAAAUAUAGACUUAGCAAAACGGUUCCUGUUCCUCUCAGUACAUUGCCAUAGCUCUGACAGCGUUGUAUCUCCUGAACUAGUAUUUAAGGGAUUUCCAUGAAUCGACCUGAUUAUAUACUAUACCAUGUCUUUUAUUCACAUUAAAUUCAUUAACUCCAGAUUGAUAUCAUGCCUAAAGGACAUAAAUAAUGAGGGACAGUUGUGUCUGAGAGCAAAAACUAACCCAAACAGUCUACACUGGAGUCAAAAGAUCUUCAUGCAGCAGUAUUUUAACAUACUGUGUCGCAAACAUGAGAGAAAUUUACUGUGGGCCAGUCUAGUAAACCCAGCACAUUGUAUUCUUAAAUUAGCAGACUUGCGAUGCCUGCUCUGGUUUGGGAUCAUACUUAUGUGGUAUUACUUUGUCAUAUUUAUUCCUACUGAAUCUAAGCGAUCAUACUCUAAUUUAAGCUUAACGCAGAGUGCAUUUGCCUUGUGGAAUUGAGGCGCUGUGAGGGAUAACGUUUCUACAAGCAUGAUGGUAUAACAGGAAGCCUGUUUGAGAUGUUACUCAGGUAUGUUAGAACCAAUGAUUUAUUUUAUUAUAAUGAGAAAUAGAGAGCAGGAGGAGAACCAAAUCAGACACGUCUCUGACAUUUGGUCAUUGUGUAGGCAAACACUAGCGGGAGGUGCCUUAACUGAACUCAGUGUGUAUGCUGGGUGAUGUAGUAAGAAUAUGGAUUAGACUUAAGGGAACUGAUUACAAAACGAGGGUUCACUCUGCCUUUGUAUAUUACAGCUAUUUCAUAUCACAUAAUAUUUUUUUGUUUUCUGUUUUCCAUUUUGUUUUUGUAAGAAUAUGUACAGUUUUGCAUGUCAGAUGUAUUCACUUUAAAUUUUAUGGCUGGAUUUUUCCAACUGUUUUUACCAUAUUUUAUUGAUUUGUGUAGUGUGGACACUUGGGAUGUGAACAAGACAGAUACCACACUUUUUUUUUUUUGGCACAUGCUUAUUUAAGGUGGAAUGUCAUUGAGUUUAUAUUUAAUUAGCCACCACUCUUUUCACAUUGAGAACUCAUAUCUUGACUGAUUUGUUUCAAUAAAAUGGGGAACUGUUACA